AUGACGGCGAGUACUCGAUGUUGCCAUGCCGAGACACUUGGCCAUUUUGGUGAGGGCGGUCCUCGCCCUCCGGUACCAGGAAAGGAGGACGUCGACAUCUUUACGAGUGACCCGGUUCGACCCGAGACUUACGAACCAGAGGGUAGAGCCUGUUCUGACCACGCCCGCAUGAGAUGGGCGGAGUCUCUUCACACACUGCUGGAUGACCAGGAGGGAAUCACACUGUUUCGCUCCUACCUUGGCCGGGUGGGGUCCGCUGAUGUCAUCGACUUCUGGUUGGCCUGCAGGGGCUUCUGGUUAGCGUACUGCACUCCUCCGAGCUGUUCGUAUGCACCGUCAUCGGAAACGUUCGACAAACGUAGACGGAAACUGGCCAAAGCCAUCUACAGGAAGUACAUCAUCAGCGGUGGAAUUGUGGGAAAAAUAAUUAAAACGGCUACGAAGAUGUUUAUCCGUGAUAGCAUAUGUCGCGGACAGCUCGACUCAACCUUGUUCGUCCAAGCCAAAGAGGAGGUGCAGGAGAGGAUGGAGGACGCUUAUCAACUCUUCCUCAAAUCUGACGUUUUUCUAACGCCGUCGCCAUUUUCUAACAGCAUCGAACAGGAAACAAUAAAUGAUAAACAGGAAGAAACAGGAAGCAGCGGACGGGAGCUGAAGGACAAUCAGGAAACAGGAAACGAUAAUAAGGAACUAAAAAGUAAGCGACAGGAAGUGCCAGGAUUUCUACCCGAGCUAAUGAACAGAGAAUCAGAAUCUGAGACGGAUCUCACCACAGCCAAUCAGGAGCGGUUAAUAGAGAGCGACUUUCAACAAGCCACAGCCAAUCAGAAGAGACCUGAGCAUUUAGAGUCCAGUGGUGGUGACGUUCAUUAUCAGAGCUGUAAACAGCGCAGAAACCUGCAGCGUAUCCACCACGUCACAAAGAACGUCCACGUGGAGCCGCAGAAGUUUGCAGCGGAACUGAUUAGCCGUUUGGAGCUGGUGCAGAGACGCAACCAGAGACGACAGGAGAAGCCUGAAGAUGCUGAUGUUUCUGUGGCAAACUGGGACUCGACCCAAACGUUCUCACACCACGACAAUGUGGACGUCUGGAUCCAUGGAGACCGGGGGCAUCGGCCUGGACUAAAUGCCUUGGCAGGGAGCAAUAAUAGUGAAGCAGGGGGUUACAGCUGGAACAGGAAGUGUGUGUGUGAGAGCAUGACGGUGGCGUAUUAUUUCUGUGGUGAGCCGAUUCCCUACCAAACUUCGGUUAAAGGUGGAGUCGUUACCCUCGGACACUUCAAAGAGCUGCUCACCAAGAAGGGAGAGUUCAGGUUUUUCUUUCAGAAGGCGAGUGAGGAGUUUGAGUGUGGUGUGGUUUAUGAGGAGGUACGUGAGGACGACACUAUCUUACCCGUCUUUGAGAGCAGAAUUAUUGGGAAGGUUGAGAGAAUCGACUGAAUCUGGUGUGAUCUCUCAUCACUCAGCCGAAGACACACAAUCCAUUAAAGGAAGUUUUUAGAUGUUGUUAUUGGCUGUUUCGUUAAAACUAGCAAAUUUAAAGACCCACAAUGACCCACAUACCACUCUGGUACCGAGGGAGUCAUGGAACCUUUAAAAUUCCUGCAGUUGUCGGUCAUUAACGGGGAAGAAAAUAAUAUAAUCAAAAGCUGUUGUGCUCUGCAGCAGGUUUAUUACUGAAGUUUAUGAUGUAGAUAUUAAAUAUAGACAUUUUAUUCAUCAAACAAUCACAGGAGAGUUCACAAACCUGGGCACUCUGGUGGGACAGCAAUGUGCUAGCUAGAGUCUUGAGUCUUUGAUUUAAGUCUCAGUGGUGCCGCUGCAAGUGCAGCGUUCACAAGUAGACAAAUAUGGACAAUGGAAAAAGGUGUUUUUUUGUUCCUCAUUAGUGUCAC